AUUGCUCAUGCAGCAGCCAUGUUAUACAAGAUCAAAGCCUAUAAGCUCGGAUGAACUUCGAAACCUUCGCAUCAUUCUUAAGUGGUGUGCUCUUGAUCACUCUUAUUGCUUUGGAAGAAUAAUUUCUUAUGCAUUGUUCGUCGUCCUCGCAGUGGCUGCACCUCUUCUCAUCUCAAUCUUUAUCGGUGUAUCUCACUCUGCUUCCAUUGAUGAUCCCUUUAAAUUCAACAAGCUUGUUCAGUUACCGGAAUCGGCCCUUGCUGUAAUUGCCUUCUUCACUCUCUCCCGUUUCUUCCGAAGGUAUGGCCUUAGGCAACUUCUAUUCUUAGACAUCUUACAAGAUGACUCAAUGUACGUUCGACGUGGCUACACACGGGAGCUUGAGAAGGCAUUUAAAUACUUAUCAUUCAUAAUAUUACCUUCAUUCUUUGUACAACUGGCACACAAGAUCCUCCUCUUCACGACGGCUAAGAUCACAGUCCGACACAUCGGCGGUGGUCAGUUCCCUCUAAAUUCAAUACUCUUCCUUCUAGUCCUUGUUUCAUGGGUUUACAGGACAGGGGUGUUCUUGUUAAUGUGUGUGCUAUUCAGGCUAACAUGUGAGCUUCAGAUUCUAAGAUUUGAAGGGCUUAAGAAGCUAUUUGAAGGUUGUGGAGAUGGUUGUAAUAAUGAAGCAAGUGUGAUAUUUAGGGAACAUGUUAGGAUUAGGAGGCAGUUAUGGGUUACAAGUCAUAGGUAUAGGUUCUUUAUAAUUGGUUGCUUGGUUACUAUCAGUGUUAGCCAGUUGGCUGCUUUGUUGCUUGUUUUGGAGUCCAAAUCUCACAAGACUUUCUUCAAUUCUGGUGAUCUUGUGAUUUGUUCAGCUGUGCAGUUAAGUGGAUUCUUGCUCUGUCUAGUAAGUGCAGCAAGAAUCACACACAGGGCUCAAGGGAUAGUCUCAAUUGCCACAAAAUGGCACAUGUUGGUGACUAAUGCUUCUGCUGAAUCAGAGCAAUUUAAAGCUCAAAUGAUGCCACCAGAAUGUGAUUCUGAUUCUGAUUCUGAUUCGCAUUCUGAGGGUAUAUACAUAUCAGUAACCUCACAACAGAGACCUUCUUCUUCCUUCCAAACAAGGCAAGCUUUAGUGACAUAUUUGCAGCAUAACUAUGGAGGGAUAACGGUAUUUGGGUUCCUACUUGAUCGAGGAUUGCUUUAUACUUUGUUUGCGUUUGAAUUCUCUUUGGUCAUGUGGAUUCUUAGCAAGGUCGUUGUCUUAUCUUAA